AUGUUGCUGGAAGGCGAGCGAGCGUAUCCCAGUUUCCUGUCUUGCGAAGGGCCAGGCUUCGCGCCGAUUUGGCGAGACUUCCGAGAGUUGAGGGCUGAGGCCCUCAGCCAGGGCCUGUCGGAAGAUGGCCUCAUCGAGCUGCAAGCCCACGCCAGCUACAUCAUCGACCAGUGGGGCGGCCAGUCCGUUGACUUUGUCACAGGCUGGCACAAGGAGUUUUUCCAGCUGCAAGCCUCCGGCGUCGCGGUGUUCCCCGAGUGCGACGGGUGCGCCUUGCCUCUGCACAGCGUCUGGCUGCUGCCUUCCAGCGAAAGCCACGGCGGCUUCUGCUUGCAUGGCUACGUGGCUGCCCUGAGCUGUUUGCUGCACCAUUUGCAAGGCCGCAUUACAGGAGCCAGCGAGAAGACCUUGGUGCAGCGCAUGCAGCAUUCUUUGGGCCCCCAGCGGUCGCUGGAGCUUCUGCUGGAAACCUCACCCUGGAACCUGUCUUCGCAGCAGCUGGGCCUGGAGCCGCCCAGCGAAGUUGUGCCGCACUUGGAUCUGGGACCUUGGGCUUGGCAUCCGCUGCCCGAGGCGAGCCAGGCCGCCGCGGAAGCUGCAGAAGCUGGCUCGGUGGUGCUGGCCGUGGUGGGCCAUCACAGCGGCAUGUCCCUGGAGCCGGCGGCGGCCAUGGGCGCCGUGCUGGCGGAGCUGGCCGAGGAGGAGAGGCUUCAGAUCCUCUUCUUUGGGCAGUACUACGCCUGCGAGCUUCUGCAGCGCUGUGACCAGGAUGCUUUGCAAGAGCCCCUUCGGCGAUGGAUGUUCCAGGAAGAGUUGCGGGAGGCCUUCGGGCGGUCCUCACCCACGCCCAGCGUCUGGCCGGAGCUGCGGGAGGCGGUUCAGAAGGAGCAGCCGCUGAUGCAGGCGAGCGCCUGGAUUUGCACCGGGAUUUGGCCCCUGUGCUGGAUGCUUCAGCAGCUUGCGCAGCAGCCGGUUCUCCACUACAUGGUGAACUGGCUGGUUGGCGAGCACACCCCGCAAGAGUGGCACGUGCCGCUGAUGGCGGAGGCUGCGCGCAUUGGAGCAGAAAGCAUCCGGGGCUCGAAGCAUCACUUCUGCACCAGCGCCUGGGCGCGGCUCUCCAUGGACAUCUCCUACCUGGUGGGAUUGAAGGUGCCCAGCGUGCCCACCUUGGGCCUCCACACCACGCUGCAUAGCGGCCCCGGCCUGCGCUGGCGGCUUGCGAGGGUGAGCCAAGCGGCGUACACCGCCUUUGUGCCGAGGAAUGUGCUGACGCGGCGGGUGCAAGGCCAACUCUUUGCCGCGAUGCUGCAGAACUUCAAUGCCCUGCCCUGGGUCCAGAACGCCGCUCCGCGCGUGCGGGUGGAGGUGUGGCAGGGUGGCCUGCAGAGCAUCAACCGAAACGCCGGGGAUCCAUGGCAGGGCCAGGCGAAGGGCCGGAUCUGGUGGGCUGAAGCGGUGGAGCACUUAGCCGCGGUGUAUUUGGCCGGAGACAUCACCCUGCUCACCUUCACAGAGCUCUAUGCGCUGCAGGUGCCGACGCUGGUGCCGCAGGUGGACUGGCAAGCCAGGAUCAUGUCGGAGAUGUGCAAAACGGGCAUCGGCUGGUUCUUCAAGCACUCCCCCCUGUACAACUUGGCAGAGGGAGAAGAGAGCUUCGCCUUCAGCCCCUGGGGCUGUGAGAAUUUGGACGGCCUCCGCUACUGGCUGCAGGCCGCGGACGCCUGGCGCUACGCCCACGUGUCCCACUUCUCCUCCUUCAUGGAGCUCUAUGUGAUUCUGCUCCGCUGGGCCAAGGACCCUUCAGAGCCCCAGAGGCUCAGCCGCGGCAUGGCGGAGUUUCAUCUUCAGCUGGUCAUCAGGAGAGCUUGGAGUACUUCCGGCGCCUCGCCGGCGCCAAGCUGCACCUUCAGCUCCGCGCCCAGGCGCCUUCGCGGGGCUUGGUCUCGGCGCUCCGCGUGUCGGCGACACACACGCUGCGCAGGAGUCUGCAACUUCGAGUACCGAGCAAGGGGCCGGGGCCCACGCUGA